GCUAUAUAAAGCCCGUGCCCUGCCGACCUCAACAUUCGCACUGACAACAGUGAUACGGCUGGUUUGAAGAUGAAAACCUCUUAUUUGAUCACUUCUCCAAUGCUGCUGCUGCAGCUCUGCAUCAGCAACCUGCACCACAUUUUUACGAGCGUCUUUUCUAAAGUUUUUAACUGGACACUCGGAGUCCGCAUCCCGUCGACAUCCUCUGUCUCACAACUUGACAAAGAAGAGGACCAAAGCAAAGACAAAAAUGCGACGGAUCCAACAAGUGUAAAUUAUCACUUUACAAGACAGUGUAACUACAAAUGUGGAUUUUGUUUCCACACUGCAAAAACAUCCUUCGUUCUGCCUCUGGAUGAAGCCAAAAGGGGGCUCAAACUCCUGAAGGAAUCAGGCAUGGAAAAGAUCAACUUCUCUGGAGGAGAGCCAUUCCUGCACAAUAAAGGAGACUUUCUGGGGGAAUUAGUUCAGUACUGCAAACAGGACCUCCAGCUCCCAAGUGUCAGCAUCGUCAGCAAUGGAAGCAUGAUCAAAGAAAAAUGGUUCCAGAAAUAUGGGGAAGAUCUGGACAUCCUGGCCGUCAUCUGUGACAGCUUUGAUGAAGCAACAAACCAGCUAAUUGGCAGAACUCAGGGCAGAAAAAGCCACAUUGACAACCUUCACAAGAUUCGAAACUGGUGCCAGCAGUACAAAGUGGCAUUCAAAAUCAACUCCGUCAUCAACACCUUCAACAUAGACGAAGACAUGACGGAGAACAUCCUCCAGCUCAACCCAGUCCGCUGGAAGGUGUUCCAGUGUCUGCUUAUCGACGGGGAAAAUGCAGGAGAUGAAGCCUUGAGAGAGGCAGAAUGGUUUGUCAUCAGCGAUGAGAUGUUCCAGGAUUUUCUGGAUUGACACAGCAGCCUCCCCUGCCUUGUUCCUGAGUCCAAUGAGAAGAUGAGGAAUUCCUACUUAAUCCUCGAUGAAUAUAUUUUCCUGGACUGUCGAGAGGGAAUGGAGGACCCGUCCAAGUCCAUCCUGGAUGUGGGUGUGAAGGAAGCCAUUUGUUUGAGUGGCUUUGAUGAAAAGAUGUUUAAAGAAAGAGGAGGGAAAUAUGUGUGGAGCAAAGCAGACUUCAUGAAGUUGGAGUGGUGAAAACACUGCAAAUCAAAUUCGAUGUACCUUUGAUGAGGGGUUGCACAGAUUAUGUUUAUAGUGUGUGUGUGUUUUUAUUGUUA